ACAGCGCCGUGGCGGUGGCCGUGGCCGUGGGGCGCGCGGGGACCGCCCGGGGUGCCCGCUCCGCUCAGCGUCGCGGCCGCGUGGCCCGACGGAGCCCCGAGACCACCCCCGGGCGGGGCGCUGCCGCGAUGUCGGUGGCCGGGCUCAAAAAGCAGUUCCACAAAGCCAGCCAGGGUCUAUGGUUUAUUUUGCACAGUUAGUCAAGAACUAACUCUGAGAUUUUGCCCUCCUUGUGAGUGUCAUGAAUGCGGACAAGAGGCCCAGGACUUCCAGCUCAGAGCUGUUUAGUGAAAAAAUUAGCGGUGCCGAAGGAACGAAGCUGGAUGAGGAGUUUCUGGACAUGGAAAAGAAAGUAGAUAUUACGAGUAAGGCUGUUGCAGAAAUCCUGUCAAAAGCCACCGAGUAUCUGCAGCCCAACCCAGCAUACAGAGCUAAGCUGGGGAUGCUGAACACCAUGUCGAAGCUCCGAGGGCAGGUGAAGGCCACCGGCUACCCACAGACAGAAGGCUUGCUGGGGGAUUGCAUGCUCAAGUAUGGCAAGGAGCUUGGAGAAGAAUCUGCUUUCGGCAAUGCACUGAUAGAAGUUGGUGAAUCCAUGAAACUCAUGGCCGAGGUGAAAGAUUCUCUGGAUAUUAAUGUGAAGCAAACGUUUAUUGACCCCCUGCAGCUACUGCAAGACAAAGAUUUAAAAGAGAUUGGGCACCACCUGAGGAAACUGGAAGGCCGCCGCCUGGAUUAUGAUUAUAAAAAGAGGCGAGUAGGUAAGAUACCUGAGGAAGAAAUCAGACAAGCGAUAGAAAAGUUUGAAGAGUCAAAGGAGCUGGCCGAGAGAAGCAUGUUUAAUUUUUUAGAGAAUGAUGUAGAGCAAGUCAGCCAGCUGGCCGUGUUUGUAGAGGCAGCGUUAGACUAUCACAAGCAGUCCACAGAGAUCCUCCAGGAGCUGCAGAACAAGCUAGAGAUGCGUAUAACGUAUGCCUCCAAACUCCCCAGGAGAGAAUACGUGCCAAAGCCUGUGAGCACGAGCCCCAGUGACAUCAAUGGAGUCUCCACCAGCACUUCCUCAAAGAUAUCAGGUACUCACAUUCCCGCGGACCAACCCUGCUGUCGCGGUCUCUAUGACUUUGAGCCAGAAAACCAAGGAGAAUUAGGAUUUAAAGAAGGGGACGUCAUUACACUAACCAAUCAGAUAGAUGAAAACUGGUACGAAGGAAUGCUGCGUGGGGAAUCUGGCUUCUUCCCCAUAAAUUAUGUGGAAGUCAUUGUGCCUUUACCUCGGUAAAUGUGUCCGUUGGACCUGAUUUCAUAACUGAAAUGAAUUUGCACCCGUGUUCCCUCGGUGUGAUGUUCUGUGACACCCUCCCUCUCUGGCCCACUUACUCACUUUUAUAUGUGUGUUUUCUUUAUAAUGUAUUUUGCAUCAAUUUAAUUUGUUUAAUCGAUUUCUUUGUCCUAACUCAUAAAGAUAGUUUUCUUCUUGUUCUAGAAAGUCAUUGGUUAAAUGUAUUUGCUUCCUGUUGCUAAGAAAAGUGAAUUGCGCCCAUUACAGAUACGUGAACGAAUGGCCUGCUGGUCCUUAGCUGCAAUGGAGCGCACCCUUUGCGGCUAAGAAAGCUAACGAGUUUGUUUCUUGAGGUUUUGAUGGCAUCCCGUCUUUUCCUGUUUUAAGCUUACCUGUGAACAGCCCAAUAAACAUGACACACUGUGUUCAUAAAAGACUACGGCUAUUUUUUAUGUGAAAUUGCUUUUUAAGCAUGGACUUCAGCACAGAUUCCUCCUGUGUCCCUUGGCCGACCCGGGUUCCCACGCGGGGUCCUUAGACGAUGGCUGUAGAUCAGUGCCAGUAAGUGCGGGUGUGGCUCUUUAUCUGCCACCUAUUUAAACGUGCUUUGUCCUUUCCUCAGCCCAAGACUGGAAAACCUCCUCGCCUAGUGUUAAGUUUAUAAAGCAGCUCACAUCAGCCUUGUCUGCCAUCACACAUGGGCAGGGAUGUUUUCAAGCUGUCCCAUUGUGGAUGCUGAGGCAGGAGCAUGGUCUCUUGGGCCUCCGAUAACUUAGGUUUACGGAACAGACUUGGCCUUACCCUGAGUAUGACUUCAUCAUGUGCUGUGGCUCAGUGGAGUCCACAACAACCCUGCCGCACAAAAAGAGGCAGCCAUUGCUCCCCUUUGCAGAGUGGUCACCCAGGGUCAAACAACCAAAUCGUGGCAGAAGCAGAAUUUGAACUCUUGACUGUGUAGUGGAUGCUGGCAUCCGAGUGUCUGUCAGUCACUGGGACCUGCCUUGUUGAUCCCUGGCAUUUGUAACCAAAGCCCAGAGGCCACAUUGGUCCCCCCAAGAAGAUGACCUAAGUUGUGUUUCCUAGUCUCCUGAGCUCCCUUUCUUAACAGGUUCGUGUGCGUA